AUUCAGUAAACUUUCGUUUUCCCCUAUUUCUCUUCUUUCUCAAUCUGUCUUCUUGCUGCUCAUAUAUACUAGGCUCUAGACACACCCACAGUAACACAGACCUCAAAGCUCAGUUCCGUGAGGAAGAGGGAGAAGGCUGUGCAUUUUGGUAAGGCCCCAGUACUGGAAUUGAUCAGGGAAAUGGCCAGAAAAGAACUUCCAACCAGGAAGAACACAGCGGAGAUCCCAGCUCUUGGUCAAUCCUCACAUCUGGGUUCCCUGUAUGACUGUUGCUCGGAUACCCUCAUCCCUGACCCAAACAAUAGUGGAGGAGACUCAGGGGAAUCAGAACUCCAAAUUGUCCUUGUGGGGAAAACAGGGUCUGGGAAAAGUGCAACAGGAAACACCCUUCUGGGCAGGAGAGAGUUUGAGUCCAAGUGUUCAGGAGGGUCAGUCACCAAGGUCUGCAAGAAAGCCAGAACCACAUGGAAUGGAAGGGACAUUUGUGUUAUUGAUACUCCAGGCAUUUUUGACACUGACACCAAGGAGGAAAAAAACCUGAAAGAAAUUGCUCGUUUCAUGACACUAUCCUCUCCAGGACCACACGCUCUACUCCUGGUGUUGCAAGUGGGCCGUUUCACCCAGGAGGAGAAGGCAGCCAUUGAACGCCUUUACAAAAUUCUAGGACCUGAAGCAGUGAAGUUUUUGAUCAUUGUAUUCACUGGAAAAGACAAACUAGGAGAAGAAAGCCUAGAGGAUUACUUAGGAACCAUUGAUGACUCUUAUUUCAGGGAGUUAUUGGAGAAGUGUGCCCAUCGAUGCUGUGCAUUUGACAAUAAUGCUAGUGGAGCCCAGAGAGAUGCCCAGAUUUCAGAACUGAUGGCCAUGGUUGGAAACAUGGUGCAAGAUAAUGGCGGCAGCCACUACAGCAACAGUAUAUAUGAAUCUGUGGAAGCACUCCUGCAUAAAGAGACAGAAAUUCUUCAGCAACGCUACAAAGAGCAGUUUGAGAGGGAAAGAGAAAAAAUGAGAUGGUAUUAUGAAAAUCAAAUACGAGAGUUGGAGAAGCAAAAGCAAAAAUGGGAAAUGGAAAAGAAAAUGGAAGAAUAUGAAAAGAAAAUGCAAAGUUUUGAACAUAAGAUGAAGCAAGAGUUUGAAGAGUUAAAGUGGAAUUAUCAGAAAAAUUAUCACUCUGCCCGAAAUGAGACUGAGAAUAAUAACAAUAUCCUUUUGGAAAUUUUGAAAAUUAUUUUUCCCAUUAUGGCAAAUUUUUUUCUACCUUUGCGUAAGUCCUUCUGAUUGCCAGAAUCACUUCAUAUUUAGUUUCCAUCAUAUGUGAGGUUAAAUAAUGGAGGUAAUGUGAUUAAUCAACAAUAUAGACAUUAAUUGAAUCCAAGUCCCUUGAUUACAAGUUUAAUGUCAUUUCUGGGCCAUCACACUGCUUUCUAAAGAGCAAUCUUUUUUGGAAAAAUGUAUCAUGAUAUUUUGCAGUAAUAAAUAUAGCUUCCUAAUUCUUAUGUUCAUUUUUUAUAUUCUUAUAGGAACAAACACCUUGAAACAAUCAGGAGAAGGCAAAAACACAAAACUUAUUGUGUACAAUUAGGAUCUAUCUGUCUGAUCUCCAUUGUGUCCUUUUUUAUUCCUGGAAAGGAUUUCCCCAUUUUGUUGGCAAUUACUCCCAUCAUGGUCAUUUUUAAAGAAUCAGCUGAAAACUCAUCAUCUCUCCCUAAAUCUUCCCUAACUCCUUUUCUUUUCCACUCUGAUGAUGUCUGUUCUCUCCCUUUUAAAGCACUUCUUAUAUGGGUUUUCCAGAUUGUGGGUCAUAUGUUGCACUGUCAGAGUUAAUGUUUUGUCUCACAAGCAUAUAUUGUUUUCAUAAAUAUAUUAUAAGUUCCCCAUGUGGCAUGAUAUUGAUCUAAGUCCUUUCUUUUAUCCUGAAGAAAUUCUCUUUUCAAGGACAUUCUCGGAUCUUCUUUAGAAACAAUCCUGCAGUUUUAUCAAUAAACCUAUUUCUUCCUU